AUGGUGACCAAGUUCCAUCAGCAUGUCCUGGCCUUGGUGUUUGCCAUAAAUGAGAUCAACCAAAAUCUCAGCAUCUUGCCCAACGUUACUCUUGGAUAUCACAUCUAUGACAACUACCACGACAUGAAGAUGACGUAUCGCACCACUCUUGAUCUACUCUGUAAAUCACAUCGGUAUUUUCCUAACUAUGAAUGUGAUAACCACAAAAACUUGGUAGCCAUCAUUGGGGGACUUAAUUCUGAUAUCUCUUUCUGCAUGGCAGACAUCCUAAGUCUCUACAAGAUACCACAGAAGACAGUGAAGAUCAAUGAAACAUGUACUGGGGAGGAGAGACUGGAGAGUCUUCCUGAACACCUUUUUGAAUUGCACAUGACAGGCUACAGUUACAGCAUCUACAAUGCAGUCUAUGCUGUGGCACAUAGUUUGCAUGCCAUGUAUUCAUCGAAAUCCAGUGACAGAUCAAUGGACAGGGGUCAAGGAGCGGAAUGGCAUGAUCUCCAGUCUUGGCAGAGCUUCUCCAGGGUGAAAAUUGGAAGUGUGAAUUUCAAUGCUCCUGAAGGACAAGAAUUACUUGUUCAUGAGAACAUGAUUGUGUGGCAAACAAGUUUUAACAAGAUGGUGUCCAUUUCUUUGUGCAAUGACUACUGCAACCCUGGCUUUCACAAGAGGAGGAAGGAAGGGGAGACAUUUUGUUGCUAUGAUUGUGUUCCUUGCCCAGAAGGGAAGAUUUCAAGCCAGAAGGAUAUGGACGAUUGCACCAAAUGCCAAAGUGGUCAGUAUUCAAACAAGGACCAAGAUGGAUGCAUUCCCAAGACCUUAAACUUCCUGUCUUUUGAUGAACCUUUAGGAAUUUCUUUGGCUUCCAUAGCUGCUUCUUUAGCUCUUCUCACAACUGUAGUAUUAGGAACUUUUAUUAAGCACAAAAACACUCCUGUUGUCAAAGCCAACAACCUGGACAUCACCUACGCACUUCUCAUUUCCCUCCUGUUCUGCUUCCUCUCUUCCUUGCUAUUUGUUGGGCAACCAAGUCAGGUGACCUGCUUCUUUCGACUGUCAACUUUCAGCAUUGUCUUUUCAGUGGCUGUUUCCUGUGUGUUGGCCAAAACCAUCACUGUGGUUGUUGCUUUCAUGGCCACUAAACCAGGAUCCAGCAUGAAGAGGUGGCUAGGGAAAUGGCUGGCUAAGUCAGCUGUCCUUUCUUGCUCCCUCAUUCAGGUGGGCAUUUCUAUAGUGUGGCUAGCAACCUCACCACCGUUCCCAGAUUUUGACACACUGUCAUUGACUGAAGAGAUCAUAGUAGAAUGUAAUGAAGGGUCUGUUUUCAUGUUCUACAUUGUUCUGGGUUAUAUGGGACUUCUAUCCAUCAUGAGUUUGACUGUGGCUUUCCUAGCUAGGAAGUUGCCGAACAGUUUUAAUGAAGCCAAGUUCAUCACCUUCAGCAUGUUGAUCUUUUGCAGUGUUUGGGUGUCUUUUGUUCCAACCUAUCUCAGCACCAAAGGGAAAUCCAUGGUAAUGGUAGAAAUCUUCUCUAUCUUGGUGUCCAGUGCUGGGUUAUUAGGCUGUAUAUUUUUCCCCAAAUGCUUCAUUAUUGUGUUGAGACCUGAGCUGAACAGGAGAGAGGAACUAAUAAGGAGAAAAAGAUAA